UUUCAAAUUCAACAGGUCGCGAAAAUUCAGAUACACACAUUUCAAUUCUCAGAUACCGACAUACGAAAGUGAAGCCCUAAACCGCCUCAGGAGAGGUUAAAAGAAAAAGAAAAAAGCUAAAGAAGGCGAGAGGUGUGGAGAGGAAGGCAAAUCUGUUAGGUUGGGUGGAAAAUUGUUCAAAGUAAUUUGCAUUUCAGAGAAUAAAGCCAGCAUUUGGGAAUUCUUUUUUUUUUUUCUGUGCCUAAUUCGAAAAUUCUCAAGCAAUGGCUUCCGACGCUAGCGGCCAAUCGGAGAAGGCAAAGGUGGUGGCGACGUGGCUGGUGGUGGCGGUGGGAGUUUCUCUAUUAGGAUUGUAUUUGAAAGGCGGUGAUUUGAAUCAGUGGAGGAGAAUGAGGAGGAAGAAGAAGAUACGCGUGUACAUGGACGGCUGCUUUGACAUGAUGCACUACGGCCACUGCAACGCCCUCCGGCAAGCUCGCGCUCUUGGGGAUGAAUUGGUGGUGGGUGUCGUGAGCGAUGCCGAAAUCAUAGCUAACAAAGGUCCUCCUGUUACCCCUCUCCACGAGAGAAUGAUCAUGGUUAAGGCCGUCAAGUGGGUGGACGAGGUGAUUCCGGACGCGCCGUAUGCAAUCACAGAAGGAUUCAUGAAGAAGCUGUUCGAAGAAUAUAAUAUCGAUUAUAUCAUCCACGGGGAUGACCCUUGUGUUCUUCCCGAUGGAACCGAUGCCUAUGCCCUUGCUAAGAAGGCUGGCCGCUACAAGCAGAUUAAGCGCACCGAAGGAGUCUCAAGCACCGAUAUAGUUGGUCGAAUGUUACUUUGUACGCGAGAGAGAUCAAUUAGUGAUAGUCACAAUCACUCAUCUUUGCAAAGGCAGUUCAGCCAUGGUCAUAGCCCGAGAUUUGAAGACGGUGGAUCUGGAACUGGAGCUGGUACUCGCGUUUCUCAUUUUCUUCCUACUUCUCGCAGAAUUGUUCAAUUCUCCAAUGGCAAGGGGCCAGGUCCUGAUGCUCGCAUAGUUUAUAUCGACGGUGCUUUUGAUCUUUUUCAUGCUGGACAUGUUGAGAUUCUGAGGGUUGCUCGGGGGCUUGGAGAUUUUCUUCUUGUUGGAAUACACAGUGAUCAGACUGUCAGUGCUAAAAGAGGAGUGCAUCGCCCUAUCAUGAAUCUUCAUGAAAGAAGUUUAAGUGUUUUGGCUUGUCGAUAUGUGGAUGAGGUGAUAAUUGGUGCUCCAAGUGAAGUAUCCAAAGACAUGAUAACAACCUUUAACAUCUCUUUGGUAGUACAUGGAACAGUAGCAGAGAAUGUCGAGUAUGAGAAGGAACAAUGCAAUCCAUAUGCUGUUCCAAUUAGGAUGGGCAUCUUCAAGGUUUUGGGAAGCCCUCUGGAUAUUACUACUACCACGAUAAUUAGGAGGAUUGUGGCAAAUCAUGAAGCAUACCAGAAACGUAAUGAGAAGAAGGCAGAGAGUGAGAAAAGGUAUUAUGAAGGUAAGACUUACGUAUCUGGGGAUUGAGCUGAGAUCAGAUCACACAUGGACAGUAGGUGACUGCUUUUAUCAUUUAUAGAUGACGCCGGAAUAACUUGUACUAACAUUACACGUGACCCAAUGGGUUGUGAUUUAUAGUCGCAAUCUGAUUGUUAAGGUCACAUGCAAUUGCUGAGUUAAUCAUGAUAGGUAAUUAUAUUUGUAUUUCUAUAUUUUUUUUGGUUCUCAACACUGCUCUUGGAAUUGUAUCCAAGGCAUUGAUAGCGAAAUUGAGGAAUUGAAAUGUGGGUUUUAUUAGGAAAGCCAAUUAUUAUUAGCAAGAGUAUCAGCUGUUGGGCAUGCAUCUAUGCGUUGCAUUAUCUCCAUGGAUACGAUAUUAUUUCUUAAUAUCAAUAAUGGAGAAUUUGACUAUUA